GAAACAUCUUUAUGCUCUCAGGAGCGCAUCUGGCAUUAUCGGAGUUAACUAAAUCCAACUUGUUAGGGCGUCUGCGGGCAGAAUACGGAAAGCGGGAGGGACAAACUGUCUCUAACGUUUGGAGUCUGGUUUCCAGGUUGGUGUUUUGUCGGGGUCUGGGAGGGGUGGUUGCCGGAGGUGAAAUCGGCUGGGCCAUGUCGGCCUUCGAGAAGCCUCAGAUCAUCGCCCAUAUCCAGAAGGGCCUCAACUACACGGUGUUUGACUGUAAGUGGGUGCCCUGCAGUGCCAAAUUUGUGACCAUGGGCAACUUCGCACGGGGCACCGGCGUCAUUCAGCUGUACGAGAUCCAGCACGGGGACCUGAAGCUGCUUCGUGAGAUUGAAAAGGCCAAACCCAUUAAAUGUGGAACAUUUGGUGCAGCGUCUUUACAGCAGCGAUAUUUAGCUACUGGAGAUUUUGGUGGAAACCUUCAUAUAUGGAAUUUGGAAGCUCCGGAGACUCCAGUGUAUUCUGUAAAGGGCCAUAAAGAAAUUAUAAAUACCAUAGAUGGUAUAGGUGGGCUAGGAAUCGGAGAAGGAGCACCUGAAAUUGUGACUGGCAGCCGAGAUGGAACUGUGAAGGUGUGGGACCCAAGGCAAAAACACGAUCCUGUUGCUAACAUGGAAGCUGUACAAGGAGAAAACAAGAGAGACUGCUGGACUGUGGCAUUUGGCAAUGCUUAUAAUCAAGAGGAACGUGUUGUUUGUGCUGGCUAUGACAAUGGGGAUAUCAAGCUGUUUGAUCUCAGAAAUAUGUCAUUACGGUGGGAGACAAACAUAAAAAAUGGGGUGUGUAGCUUGGAAUUUGACAGAAAAGACAUAAGUAUGAAUAAGUUAGUAGCCACAUCUCUGGAAGGAAAGUUUCAUGUUUUUGACAUGAGAACACAGCAUCCAACCAAAGGCUUUGCCUCUGUUUCAGAAAAGGCUCAUAAAUCUACUGUAUGGCAGGUCCGACACCUCCCACAGAACAGAGAGCUCUUUCUGACAGCUGGAGGCGCCGGCAGCCUUCACCUCUGGAAGUACGAGUACCCCAUUCAGCGGUCGAAGAAAGACUCCGAGGGAGUAGAGAUGGGAGUUGCAGGUUCUGUCAGCCUUCUGCAGAAUGUUACGUUGUCUACCCAGCCCAUUUCAAGUUUGGACUGGAGUCCAGAUAAAAGGGGUCUCUGCAUCUGUAGUUCAUUUGACCAAACAGUGAGAGUACUGAUUGUUACAAAACUCCAUAAAAUUUGAUCGAAGACUUUGGACUUGAAACCUUCCAGAGGAACACUCGUAGAAUUUAAGAUAUGUUCUGAGAUCCUGUAACCUUCAUUGAACAAAGUUGGAUUUGGCUGAUGAAAAAAGGCCCCAGAUGCAAACCUGCAGGCUAGCUUCCAGCUUCUCCUGGGGUGUGUUCGCUGACCUGACUGGACACUGGCUUGCCGCUAUGCAUGGGCACCACUGUCUCCAGGGCAGGCUCUUGUCCUCUUCCUGCCAUUUCUAAUACAAAGUCAAUAGUUGCUUAUAUUUAAAUAUGCUUCAAAUUCAUUCUUCAUCCCCAGAGUUCCAUGUUUUAUCUUUUACACUUGUGUUUUAGUGUUUAUAAUGUUGUAGUAGGAAUCACUUCAUUUGGCUUAAAAUAGUAUGCCUUGGAAAACUAUGUAUUAAACUUCAUAAGUACAUUUUGAGAGAUUUCAGUGUCAGUAAUUUUCUAUACAGAAUAUUAUUUUAUAAAACACCAAAAUGGCAGUGUUGGACUAGAUCUGGGUAACUGUUUUCAGCAAUUUCAUUUUUCGUAAAACAAAAUACUAUGAUUUACAAAGACCUCUUUUUUACUUAAAAGAGAGAAAUUGAAUUGGUGAGACUUUUGGUUAUUGAUUAUGGUAAGUGGUGGUGAGAUGUACAAGAAAGACUGUGGGGGGUUUGUAGUAUUUAUUGUCAAACCUUUUUAAUGUAUUUUGUGAAUAAACUUCUGUUUUUGAAAUCUAUGGAAGCUUUGAUUCUGUUAACAGUAGUAAUAAGGUCAACACCAUCACUUCAUUUUGCUUUAUAAAUGCUUAAUAAGUACCACUUAAUUCACUCUGUUUCUUUAAUGUCCACCAUAUCUUUAGCUUUAGAAGUAUUGACUUUAUCACACUUUCAUGAAACCUACUCUCCCCCCCACUUCCAUUCAAGAGAACAGAGCCACCUAAAACUUUCAUAAUAUGUAAAAUUUAUGUGAUUUCAGGGGCUCGUGGGGAUCACUUGUUUGGAAUAUUAAGUCCAGAAAAUUAACUUUUUUAGUUUCCAAAAUAUUUCAUAGAACAAUGCUGUGGACAUAAUUAUAAAAGUAAAAAU